GACAACAAGCUGCUUCCGCGGCGCCGACCGCCGGCGCCGCAGGGCUGCAGCAGCGCUCCGCAGCCGUGCGGCGGCCAGAAAGACCUCUAACAAGCCGCAGAAAACCCAUGCGCCGGCUGUCGUCGCUCCCGCGGCGCGUCCGGGCCGACGGCUCGGAUUUCGCCCGCUUUGCGGCGGCCGCGGCGUCGCGGCCCAUGUCGUCGCUCCCGCGGCGCGUGCUGGCCGACGGCCCGGACUUCGCCGACUUUGUGAGCGGGCGCGCGACGUCGCGCGCCGCGGCCGCGGCCGCCGCGGAGCCGCGGCCGGCGCUGUCGCGCGAGCGUCUCGACCCGGCGCUGCUCGUGGACCGCUUCGGGCGGCGGCACACGUACCUGCGGCUGUCGCUCACGGAGCGGUGCAACCUGCGGUGCCGCUACUGCAUGCCCGCCGAGGGCGUGUCGGACCUGACGCCCGGCGGCGAGCUCCUGAGCGCGGGCGAGAUCGAGCGCGUCGCGUCGGUCUUCGCGCGCGCGGGCGCGACGAAGGUGCGCCUCACGGGCGGCGAGCCGACGCUGCGGCGGGACCUGACGCAGAUCUGCGGCGCCAUCGCCGCCCUGCCGGGCGUCGAGUCCGUCGGCGUCACGACGAACGGCAUCAAUCUCCUGCGAAAGGAGGGCGCCGGCGCGCUCCUCGACAACCUCGUCGACGCGGGCCUCACGAGCGUGAACCUGAGCCUCGACAGCCUGGACGCGACCAAGUUCGCCGCGCUGACGCGGCGGCCGGGCAAGACGCUCGAUCGGGUGCUGCGCGCCGUCGACGCGUGCGCGGCGCACGCGACGCUGAAAACCAAGGUCAACUGCGUCGUCAUGCGCGGCGAGAACGACGACGAGCUCGCGGCCUUCGCGCGGCGCUGGGCCGGCACGGGCGUCGAGGUGCGCUUCAUCGAGUGGAUGCCGUUCCAGGCGAACGACUGGAGCGCGGGCAAGCUCGUCGCCUACGACGACAUGCUCGGCGCGCUCCGGGGCUCCCUCGCGCCCGGCGAGCGCCUCUACCAGCGGGACUCCGACGCGGCGGACCCGCACGACACGACGCGGUGGUGGCGCCUCGGCGGCGCGAAGCUCGGCUUCAUCACGUCGAUGACGGACCACUUCUGCGGCGGCUGCAACCGCGUCCGCGUCACCGCCGACGGCUCCCUGAAGACGUGCCUCUUCGGCAGCGACUCCGUGAGCCUCCGCGACGUGCUCCGGGGCGGCGCGUCCGACGCGGACCUCGCGGCCGCGGUCCACGCCGCGCUCCAGAAGAAGCACUUCCGCCACGGCGGCCACGGCGGCGCCGAGGACCUCGCCAAGCACGCGGGCGAGAACCGGCACAUGGUCCGCAUCGGGGGGUAAUGCAUCGUGUAUAU